AUGGCUUUCUCAACCAAUUUUAUUUUCUCUUUGUUUUUGCUGAUGUUAAUUGCAAACACGAUUGAAAAGGGUUCAGUUUUUGGAUGGAAUGAAGGUGGUGGACAUCCCUUACAGAUCCAUAUUGUUCCAUUUACAAACAUUGAAAAGAUUAAUAAUGAAUCAAAGGGUAAAAGUACAUUUUUAUCUGAUCUAAUAGCUAGUAAAAUACAUAGUAUAAAAUAUCAAGAUGAAAGUAAUGAUGAUCCAGAUGAUGACCCAAUGAUGUCAUUAUCAUUGAUGGCAUUGGAUCAUAUCUUUAUGUUGCUUUUAGAAAAUGAUCAAAGAUCAUUUAUUUGGAAUGAAGUUUAUUAUUUUGAAAAAUGGUGGGAGUCUUUAUCAGACCAAAAAAAACAUUCAUUUGAUCUAUUAAUAUCAAAUGGAAGAUUUGAAUUUGUAUCGGGAAUGAUGACAGUAAUGGAUGAAGGUAUAACUCAUUAUCAAGACUUUAUGGACCAAAUGACUCAAGGACAUCAGUGGUUGCAGAGUACAUUUGGAGUUUUGCCCAAAGUUUAUUGGAAUACACAAUCCCAUGGCCAUUCAGAGGCGAUUGCUCAUUUAUUGUAUAGCCAAACUCAAAUUCGAGAUUUGGUUAUCAACAAGAUCAAUUCAGAUCUUAAAAGCCAAUUAUUCUCGGACAAACAUCUAGAGUUUUGGUGGAAACCAACCAAACAAGCAUCAACAUCUCUAAACUCUACCUUUUCUCUCUUUACUCAUGUCAUAUCACAUGACAAUGUUUCCCUUUCAUGCGGACCAAAUCGGAGGAUUUGUGAGCAAUCCAUGUCAUUUCAGUCAAUGAUUUCGGAUCUACUUGGAAAAAAGGAAAAGCAAGAGUCAACUGUUCAUUUAAAAAACAACAGUGAUAGUUUUCAAAACUACAAUGUCACUCCACAAGACAUUAAGUUUAUUUCAACCAAACUAUUGGAGCAAUACAGAGCUCAUGCAUUAUCCUAUAGGACCAAUCAAUUACUAGUCCCAUUUGGAGGAGAUAUCACAAUGUUUGCCGUCCAGCCCUCCAGUACCCAAUCGGCUCAACUCCACAAGUUAAUGUCGCUAUACGAGUCAGUUUUUGCCUAUAUAAAUUCUGACAAGUCGCUUCACUGUCACAUUGGAUGGAGCACAGCUUCAGGUUAUUUCGAAGCCUUGCGUUCCUCACCUUAUCCCGUCGAAUUGGCACCAGCCAAAACAUUUGGUGAGGUUGAUAAAUCAAAUGGCCAAUUUGAUGAACAGAACCAACUCGAUCCCGACCAACUUUUGUUUGUUCCUGGAACACCUGUUAUCCCAGAUUCAAGAGAGUUUGGUACCUAUCGUGGUGAUUUGUUUUCACAUUGCAACGAUCAAGAUCAAUAUUAUAUCUCUCAAUACUCUUCAAAUAGAUAUAACCUAGAAAUCCAAGAGACAAUAUUUAAUAGUUCAACAAUUAAAUAUUUUGGUCAAGUUGUACCUUGGUGUCAAUCUUUGUCGACUAGGUAUCAUCAUGUCCUUUCCUCUAAUGGUUUUAUGUCACAAUCUUUUUAUGAUAAAUUAAAUCAAAAAAUUGAUCAUUGUAAUAUUAAAUUUAAUAGUGUUUUAAUGGAUUGCCAAGAUCUUCAAGUUGAUUCUUUUGAUUCAAAAUCAAUGAUUCCAAUUUUAAAGACAAAACAACAGAUUAUUAUCAUUCAAAACUUGUUUGAUCAAACAAAAGAAGAAUUAAUUUCUCUGUUUGUUGAUACACCCAAGGUAUCUGUAGUAAAUUUAGACACUAGAUCUCCAGUCAUCGCCCAAAUUAAUCCAGUUUGGCUAGAUGAAGAGUGGGAUUCUGCACCCCAUCAAUUCCAACUCUUGUUUAUUGCUAAAAUCGAACCUCAUUCGAUAGCUAGUUUUGAAAUCAAAUAUCAUCCCAAAGGGUUGGUGACCGAGACUACAACACCCUCGGUAACUACCAUUCUAUCGUAUCUACCAACCAGAUCCAGUCAAAAUAGCGAUGGUUCUAGUCCAUUCGUCAUCCAUUAUGCAAGAUUGGGAACGCAACAACCAGUGAUAGAAAAUCAAAAUUAUCGCCUAAAGAUCAACCACUUGUCAGGUUCUCUAGAGUCUGUCUUGUUAAAGUCAACAAAAGAUUCACAAGAAAUUGCCCUUGAACAACAAAACCUACAAUUUGUUCAGACCAACAACAAUCAAUCUCAUAAUUUUGUUGGUAGUGGUGAUAUUGGACAAUCAAAAUCACGGGAUCCCUUUAUGAUAAGAAUGAUUAAAGGCAAUUUGGUAGAGUCCAUUUCUAUAUUUAGAAAUAAUACUCCAUUUAAAAAGCAAUUUAUUCAAUUGAUCAGUGGCCAAGGUGAUAUUUCAAAAUCAGUUUACCAUGAAACUUCAAUCAUCACUGAAAAUACAACUUUAUCAACUCCAGUACUCAGAUUUGCCACCCUUAAACAGACAUCAUCAAAAUCAUCAAACAACUUGAUGAUGACAAUGGUAGCAAAUAAUAAUAUGAAUAGUGGUGGAAAUGUUAUUGGAACAAAUGGCCAAAUAGCUACACCACCAUUCCUUUAUACAGAUUCAAAUGGAUUGAUUCUCUCUCGUAGAACACCACCUCAGCACAAUAACCAUCAAAACUCUUACCAUUCGUCGUUUUACCCAAUGACAAGUGUCGCUAGUCUUGGUGACUCGGCUUCAGUACAAGGUGUCAAACUACAAAUCCUAACAAGAGUACCAUUGGCUGUAUCUUCUAUUACCGAGGGGUCAAUAGAUAUAAUGUUGAGAUCAAAUCAAGCCAGAGAUGCCAAUAAUAAUCAUGUUGUUGUGCCUCUUUGGCUAAACUUUGAUGAUCAAGUAUCAAUGUCACCUUCUUUUCCACAUCAUCUCUCUAGUUCCAUCAACCAACCAUUUAUCGUUCAACUUGGAAGUGAUAAUGUAGUUGUUUCAUGCAGCAGAAAAUCCUAUAUUUCUGACAUGAAUAAUAUUCCACCAUCUGUAUCGGUUUUGGCAAUGUCACCAAUAUUUAGACAAGACAGCAUCGAUGAACCAAAGGAAAAAGAAAUCUACAUUACCAUUAUGAACAUUGAUCGAUCAAUUAAAGGUACUCCAGUUACCAAAAUAGAUUUUGAUCAAAUAUUUGCUUCUACUAUGAUGGCAACUGGUGGUGACAUUCAUCACAAAAGCACAGUUGAUCCAAUAUCCAUUUUAAAAGCAAAUAUCUCCCUUGAUCAUAUUGUACCUCCUCAAUAUGAAAAGCAAGUCUCUCUACUACCAGGUCAAAUAUCAACUUUUAUCUUAUCGUUGCCAAAAGAUAAAUUAUUUGGCCAACAACAACAUUAUUUUUGGAGAGAAAAAAAGCAAUCUGAUUCUCUUUUAAACAAAUUAGAGGACUCUACAAUUAAUAAGGAAGAUCAACCCAAACCUUUCAACUCACAACUGUUAUACAAGGAAAGUAACAAGCAAGAUCAUGUUAAAAAAGAUAACAAAUUGGAUGAGGAAAAAUUAAAUAAUCUUUUAAAGUUGUUCAAAUCUUCAAAAAAUAUUAAAACUAAAGAUGAAAUAGAAAUAGAAAUAGUUCCUAAACAACAACAACAACAACAACCACAACACCCACAACCACAACAACAACAACAACAACAACAGAAAAAUGAAUCUUUGGAUAAUAAUAGUAAUAAUAAUCAAAAUAAUUUAUUUAAAGAAUUGGAACAACAAAGAAAGAUUAAUAAUCAAUUACUAGAACAAAUGAAGCAAAUGACACAAUUUACCAAUGAAAUCAAGAGUCAAUUUGAAAACAAUCAAAUUCGAAAUGAAGCACAACAAAAAGAAUUGAUUGAAUCAAUGCUAAGAGAAAAAGCUCAAGAGUUGGAAUUAUCCUACUCUAAGAAAUUAAAAGAAAACUCUGAAAAGAUUGAAGAAUUAUCAAACAUUAACAAUCAACUGUUGGAACAAAACAAAGAUAUGAUUAACCAAAUCAAUCAAUUAGAAUCCUCUAAAGCAGCUCACUUUCCCCAACAUCAACAACAACAACAACAACAACAAAGCCAACAGAAACAACAACAACAACAACAACAACAACAACAACAACAAAACCAAAAACCUUCAAAUGGAUUAUUGGCAACUCUUAUUAAAAAGUUAACUUUAAAAAGAAUGGAGAACCAAAAUGGAGUGACAUCUGAUAUUCCCCAAAGUCCAUUGGAAAAACAUUUAAAAAUGUUGGAGAGAGAAUUAAACACACAGGCUCUACUUGUGAAACAACAACUUGUUGAAAUCAAAAAGACUCCACCAAAUCCAUCAAAAGUACAUGUCAAAGAAACAGUUUUGGGUAUCAUCAAGGACCAAUUAAAAUUAAUAGACGAUAUCAAACAACAACUAGUCGAGAAUCCUGAUCUAAAGGAAAAGGAAUUACAAGAUUUUUAUGACGGUACCAUGUUGUUGGGAAAAAAGGAAUUGUUUCCACAAAGAAGAGAAAAGAUAAAGGAUCAUAGUGGAACCGACAACUUUUAUAUUGUUCUUUGUUGUGCUUUCUUUGAAAAUGCAACACAAGGCAAAUAA